GGCAACGGAUCGCGCUCCGAGCACAGUUCAAAUUGGAAAACACGCAAAGUAACUGUUCUCAGGAAAUCAAAGUGUACUACAAUCAAAUACUUAAAGCAACAUUAUGCAUUGAAUGAAAACUUAACAGUAUUAUACAAAAAUACCUGUAUAUGCGUCUUAUACCAAAUCUUAUCAACAUCGUACCACUAUGUCAUAUAGCUGCCAUAUGAACGAUCGGUCGUAAACUUGUUUAUAUUCUCUGGGCUAGUGGGUCAAGCGGAUAUUUCAUUUGCAAUUGAUGCACUGAGCCGGGAACGAUAGAUCAUUGUACAUUUAAUAUAAUAAUAACAUGUCUCGGUUAUAUUACUGCCUGAUCUGGCUAGGCUUGCAUGCAAAUCUGAUGCUCGCCGAUAUUCUCAAGUACGACCCAGUCAUUAUAGAAGAUGCGCAUCUGCGAACGCCAGGACUUAUCAGAAAGUAUGGCUAUCAGUUUGAAGAGCAUAAGAUUGAUACCAAGGACGGUUUUCGAUUGACGGCACAUCGCAUACCCAAGCCAGGUGCACAGCCUGUGCUGUUGGUGCACGGACUGGAGGACAGCUCGUCGGCCUGGAUCUUGGCGGGACCUGGUCGGAGCUUGGGCUACCUGCUCAGUGAUCGCGGCUACGAUGUCUGGAUGCUCAACACCAGGGGCAAUCGCUAUUCUCGCAAGCAUCGCAAAUACCAUCCGCUGCACCGCCAGUUCUGGGACUUUUCAUUCCAUGAGCUCGGCAUUUACGAUCUGCCCGCGAGCAUUGACUAUGUGCUAGCCAACAGUAAGGGCUACGAGCAGCUGCACUAUGUGGGCCACUCGCAGGGCACCACCUCCUUCUUUGUGCUGGGCGCCGAGCGACCCACCUAUAUGAAAAAGAUCAAACUAAUGCAGGCCCUUGCGCCCGUGGCCUAUUUCAAUAAUGUGCCGCAGCCACUGCUCCGGGCUAUUGCUCCCUAUGUACCCGACAUUUUGCGCUUGUCUCAACUCUUUGGAAUCUAUGAAUUUCCGCCAGAGAGGGAAGUGUGGCGCGAAUUGAACUAUAAGCUCUGCAGUUUUGCCUUUCGAAACACAUGUACCUAUCUUUUAAUGCAAUUAAUGGGCGUGGACUUCGAACAAUUAAAUAGCACACUGGUGCCAAUACUGCUGGGUCAAUAUCCGGCAGGCUCAUCCGUCAAGUCAUUCGGCCAUUAUUCUCAGCAGGUUAGCAGCGGCGGCUUCAUCAAGUAUGACUACGAGAAUCCUUAUAUAAAUAAAAGACGGUACGGCAGCGUCAAGCCACCAGCGUAUAAGUUGGCCAACAUUAACUGCAAAGUGGCCUUGUAUUAUGGCCAAAACGAUUUUCUAACAGCUGUUAAGGAUGUGCAGCGUUUGCGCGAUGAGCUGCCAAAUGUCGUUCAUGAUGAGAAAGUGGCCUACAAGAAAUUUAAUCAUCUCGACUUUAUAAUUGCGAAUGAUGUGAAAGAGUUGCUCUACGAGAGCAUGUUCCAGGUAAUGGCAAGGGUCGACAAGGGUGAGCUUUAGUUCAAAAAUUCAAUAUAUCAUCAAUAUAGCUCUUAGUUAGCCCUACGAAAUAAUUUGCCAUAUAAAAUGAUUUGAAUAUGUGAGCACACAGUAUCGCUAGUCAUUUGUAAUUUGUUAAAGCUUAUAUAUAUAUAAGUACAUAUUAUAUUUUGUAUUCUUGUAUGAGAUUAACAAUUUUUAACUCAUUGUUUAUAAAUCCAUCUUAUCAUAUUUAGCUUGACUCAUAGUUUGUUUAUUCGUUUCUUUUCAUCCUGCGAAUAGUUACGCAUUUGUUUUAAUCUUUGUUUUAAAUUUGAGUUAAGCCUAUAAAUUAAAAAUGUAAAUAAUUUAAUCAUUUUCGUAGUUGUUUCCAAAUCGAUUCCAAUUGAAGUAAUUAUUCUUACAAUACAUCCAAAAUAAUUUUAUGAAAUUAUUUGGCAAUUGCCAUUGACUUGCACCUGUUUCAUAUAUGUUAAAAACACGUUAAAUUAUGUGCACAUAUUCUAUUUUUAGUCAAAAGUUAGAAAGAAGGAAAGAAACUUAAAAGGGG